AUACGUCCGUGGACACGGCAUCAUCGCGUGGGCGCGGCUUAUUUUGUCAACAUCCUGUUAAAUUCUCCAGCCCCUUCAAAAUGGCGACCGUGGAGCAGAGGGAAGGGCAGGAAGAGCCAGAGAGUGAUGAAGAGGUGUACGAGGUGGUGGAUCUGACCGAAUAUGCUCGGCGGCAUCAGUGGUGGAGCAGGGUGUUUGGGAACAACUCUGGGCCGCUAGCUGAGAAGUACUCGGUGGCAACCCAGCUCAUGAUGGGAGGGAUCACAGGAUGGUGUGCCGGUUAUGUCUUCCAGAGAGUGGGGAAAGUGGCAGCCACUGCUGUCGGUGGAGGGUUCCUCCUUUUACAGAUUGCCAAUCACAGUGGCUACGUGCAGGUGGACUGGAAGAAAGUGGAGAAAGAUGUAAACAAAGCCAAGAAACACCUGAAGAAGAAAGCAAACAAAGCAGCCCCAGAACUCAACACGUUCAUUGAGGAGGUAAAGGCCAGCGAUUUUAUAAAGAGAAACAUCGUCUUGUCCAGUGGCUUUGUUGGAGGAUUUUUCCUGGGUUUGGCCUCCUGAACGAAACUUCUGCACUAUGCUUUUGGUCACUGUGUAGGUCAUUUUUGUCACAUUUUGUUUACAUCUCCUUGUAAAUUGUGAAUUCAUGAUGGACAUAAUUUUGAUCAUUGGAUUGUGAUUUGUGGUGGUGAGUUGUAUAUUUACAUUUA